AUGUCUCUUCCAGGUGGACACCAGCCCCUGAGCCUCAUGUUUCUUUUGGGGCUGGGGCUGGCAUCAGAGACUAUCAACUGCCCAGGCAGGUGCAGCUGUCAGUACCUGGAAGUGAACUGCACAGGGCAACAGCUGCAAGAGCUCCCUGUGACCAUCCCACUGGAUACCAGGCAGCUGAUUCUGGCAGCAAACAAGAUCUCAUACCUGCCUGCAGUGGAACUGAGCUUCCUCGCUGACCUGGUCUAUCUGGACUGCCGGGAGAACCUCUUGGGGGAUGGUCUGGAUUUCACUUUACGCAUCGGGAAGCGUGCCGAGAACAUCACCUGCUACAUGCCAGAAGGUCUACGCGGCUUGAAAAUGCCCGCAGUGGAGGCACAGCUCCAGCUGGACUGCCUGAUCCAACUGCACAAGCAGGACUACAUCUUUCUGUGUCUCGUUGGCUUCUGUAUAUUCUCAGCUGGCACUGUGGCAGCCUGGCUGGCUGGCAUCUGUGCAGUGAUAGAUGAACUCCACACUGCAAAAGGGGAGGAGGAUGAAGAGGAAGACACAACCACUUAG